CAGCGAGUUAAGCAGCGCUGUCUUGAAAGUGAAAUCAUAUAGCAUGUUCACCAUACUUUAUUUGACAGUCCAUGUCCGGCGGCGCCCUGGAUGCCUUGUUCGCUGUAUAACCCCCUCAUCUCAAGUGCAGAGCAUACCUAAGGGCAUGAUAAUCUAGAACAGAUAUAACGCUGACCCCAGUCUUAGCGGCAUUGGUUCGCAUGAUGCAAUACAGGCAAUCUUUGGCCAUGCUUUAGAAGACCUCUGAUAAUGGGAAACAGCUCCCUUACGUUGUUUCAUCUGCCUUAUUCUCUGAAUGGAGGUACUCAAACUUUGUCUAGGCUCAAUCGGCCGUGAUUCAACUGGCCCUAAAGUAUACGUCACACAACCCCCACCUUGAUUACGAGAUGAAAACGAACACCGAUUCGAGAGUUUUCAGCUUGAGGGCUUUUGCUUGUGUCUAGCUAGAUGCACAUGAGUAUAAGUCAUUCCGUCUAAAGGAAAACAUCAAGGGAAAGUGUGACGACAAGAUGCAGUCGAAAAACGAUCCCGUCAUUGAGAGCACCUCGGCGGCUGUCGCAAGUGCUGAUAAUAUGCCUGAUCAUGACGACGAUUCCGGCGAGCGGCCGGUAUCAACUCCGGGACCUACAAAGUGGAAUCGCGAAAGCUACUUUGGCUCCCUCGCGUUUAAUAUUGCGGCAUUUAUCCUCCCUGCACUAUACGGGACGCUUUCUAAGCUCUGGGUUGCCAACAUCGACUCUUCCAUGGUUGCGACGACGGACGUCUACACGUAUCUGAAUACUGCCGCGGAGGCCAUCAACGAAGGCCUUCCUCGGGCCGCCUGGGUAAUCAUCGGUGACAAGGCCUCGAGAGAUUUGGCUAAGAGACUACAGUUGACACAUACUCUCAUUCUCUUCCAAGCUGUUGCUGGUCUCAUAAUUAGCAUCGUUUUCGUCAGCGCAGCUUCUGCUGUUGCUGAUAGCUUCGUCCCGUCUGAAGUGAGGGAAGCAAGCCUCAAGUACGUCCGGAUUACAUCGUUUACCGUCUUCGCUGGUGCCAUUGAGACGGCUGUGGCAACGGCAACCAGGGCAUUGGAUAAACCGGAUGUACCUUUAGUCAUUAACUCUGUCAAGUUUGCCGUCAAUAUAAUCCUCGAUCUCCUUAUCAUCUCGCGGUUUCAUGUCGGAUCUUUUAAGCCGACCGUCAACAUGCAGGCUAUUGUUCAGCUGGUGUGCAGUCUCGCUGCCGCAUUUACUGGGCUGGCGUACUUUCUCUGGUUCAACACACUGCGCUUUUAUCACGAUCAUGGCAGACAUGAAAGUGACAACACUUCGGUGAAUCAAGCUGCCCGCAAUCUUCGACCGACCGUUGGAGCCCUUGCUGUUCUUAUUCGGCCUGGGAUUAUCACAUUUCUUGAAUCCGCGGUCCGCAACGCGCUCUACCUAUGGUUGGUAACGACGAUCGUCGCUCUCGGCACUACGUACGCUACUGCAUGGGGGGUUUUCAAUACCAUUCGGUGGGGUCUCGUGAUGGUCCCUGUUAAUGCUCUUGAAGCCACCUCGCUGCAACUUAUCGGUCAUCGUUGGGGCAAGUGGCGAUGGGAAAUGGGUGUCGAAAACUGCCGACCGAAAGCCACACGCAGGCAUGUAUAUACCAUAGUUCAACCUGCGCUAAUGUCACUGGCUAUUGCGCUUGUAGUUGAAAUUCCUAUCGCCAUCUUCCUCUCCUUCUUUGGAGCUCGUCCUUUUGCCUGGUACAUAAGUGGCUCUUGGGACGUCGCCGACGUCACAGCAUAUAUGUGGCGCACAAUUGAUUGGUGCUACGUCUUCUACGCCAUGUCGACGCAGCUAGCUACAAUUCUUCUCGCGACCCGUCCGAAGUGGUACUUAUACCAGAGUCUUGCGAGCAACAUCUUGUACGUACUACCAUGGGCUAUCGUAUGUCAGGUCAAGGAUCUAGACGAAGCGAAUGCAUGGAGUUAUCAUGGCCUAGUCUUUGGUGGAAGUCUUGUCUUCAGCUUUGUAGAUAUCGUCGUUGUAGACUCUAUCUGGGUAUGGUCCAUAGUGACAGGCAACAUGAGGUUGGAGCUGUUCCGGACGCAGAUGUGAUUAGUACUGUGGAUGAAGUUACACCCACUUGAAAUCUGAUCACGUGGCCUUUGUUUCGGCUUCUAUUCAUCAUCCAAGCCCGAGGUGUCUUAUUGCCACAAAGUCUGUAUAAACUCCCUUUUCAACACAAGGUUGCAUAUCUUAUAAAGUAACACAAAGUUUCA